AUGGCGGCGGCUAGGUACCCGGGCGACCCCCGUGCUAGGCCGGACCGCAGCUACUGCGCGGUGACGGCGACCGGCUCCAUCAGGCGCCGCCGCGAGGACCUCAUCAACAAGGCCGUCGUCUGCUGGCUGUACUCCAACAGCCAUGACACGGAAGCCCACCAUCUCGGCGACGCCAUCCGCGGCAGGCUGCAUCUUCGCCACGAGGACAUCCAGAUCGUGAAGCACUACCCCGAGCAGUUCCUGAUCAUCUUCUUCGAGCCGGCGAACAGGGAGCAGCUGCUGGACCGGGGCGUCAUCUCUGAGGGGGGGCGCGACUUCCACUUCGCCCCCUGGAGCGAGCGCCGCAACGCCGUCAACACCAACUGGGAGUUCCGCGUCAAGGUGCGCAUUGAGGGCAUCCCAGUGCAUUGCUGGGCUGAGGAUGUCGCAGCGCGAACACUGGGACGAAGCUGCGCUGUGCACUUCCUGGAGGAGAAGACAUGCCGCCGCGAGCGCACCAGGACAUCCGAUCUGUGGGCGUGGUGCUGCAACCCCUACGACAUCCCCAAGGAGGUCCUCCUCACCGUCACCGAGCCUGACAGGGAGCUUCCACCGACUUCGAUCCCGCUCCUCCAGGCGCCACCACGCCACGACAAGCCUGUCGACCUCAAGCGUGCCCACGUCUACACCUUGCGCAACCAUCUGGAGUGGGUGGAGGAUCUGACCAUUUUGCAGGGACGCGGCAGGGCGGGUGGCCCUAUGAACCGCAAGCCGCGCAGGGAACUUGUCUGGAGCUAUGGCGUCCCUGACUCAGUUGGCGAGCGUCCCCCGGGCAGACGGGGCGAUGAUCGUGGCCGAGGCUUUGGGCACCAUCAGAGGAGAGACGACUACGACUACGACUACGACCACGGCAGCCGCAACUAUGGCAUCCGCCGCCACCGCAGCGUCUCCAGCUGGGCCAGGAACUCGCGCUGCAGGGGCGCAAUGGACGACUGCAUCAGCUCCAACAGGUGGCGUGGGGGGAGGGGCUCCCCGCCAACUCGAGGCAGGGGCUCCACAACGCUCUGCCAGGCUCCAACCAUGGUGUGGAAGGUGAAGGCAACCAAGGACAGGUCGAAGCAAAAGAAGGCGUCCUUCGCCGACCCAAUAGCAACUGAACUCAAGGCUCCCAGACCCACCCUGCGCGACGACAGCAUUAUGCUCAUCAAGGAGAAGGAGGCCAGCAAGGAGCCUGAGCAAGGGGGCACAGCCAACGUAACCAACAACACCGUCAACCCUCUCACCAUUGAGCAGCUUGCUAUCUGCUCUUCAGUCGAUAAAGUGGUGCAGGCAGGACCAUCACUCAAUGUUUACUCUUAUCUUGCAGAGAAAGAGAGAUGUAGAGUUCCUACAACCUGUUCCCUCAGUGAUGAUUCAGCAUCACUACCCAACCCCAGUAGUGACCCAACAUCACAUAACAUGACAGUGGACGAUUUCUUAGAGUCCCUGGAGGCCCCUAUACAACAAUCAAUCAUACAAGAGGUUUUUCAAAUGCCACACACUGAGGAGGGGCAUUUUGACCCUUCACACACAUCAACUCAGAGAAAAAGCAUUAGGUUGGCAAAAAAGGAAGAACUAAAUGUAGGCAAGGACACUAUUCAAGUGGCGCAAGAUUUAUUAGUCAAGAAGCUAGGAGAAUUAGCAGGAGAGACUCCUAAUGAAGAAGAAGCUGACUUUGAUUUCUAUGCGCAGCACUUCCAGAGGCCGAUUGAGCAGAACAAGAUGGAGGCCAUCCAGAUCCUGAUCGAGCAGGGUAACAAGAAAAGGAAGGCGAGCACCACCAGCAAGAGGAUGGCUGCUCAGGUGGUGCUGGAAGCCUAG